AUGACGGUCGAAGCUAAGAAAAUUCUCAUCAGCGGAGCGGGCAUCGUUGGCCUCUUGACUGCGCAAGCUCUCAAAGCCCGUGGCGUGGAGUACAUCAUUUUCGAUAGAGAUCCUGACGUUCAGUUCCGAGAAAACGCCGGCUGGGCCAUUACGUUGCAUUGGGCGCUUGAACGGUUUCUUCGUUUGUUGCCCGCAGACCUUGCCGCCGAGAUUUACGACGCUCAGGUCCGGAAAAACUUCCACAGCCACGAUUCGGGCACUUUCAAGUACAUCAAUGCCACCACCGGCGAAACGGUGGUUUCCAUUCCUCCGUCCAAGCGCUUGCGUGUUAGAAGAGAGCAGAUCAGGCGAACUCUUUUGAAAGGAAUCGACGUGCAGUGGAAUUGCAAACUUACAGACAUUUCGCAAUCGGCCUCAGGUGUAACUGUGACAUGUGCUUCUGGCCAGACUUUUGUUGGCGAUGUGCUUUUGGGAUGCGAGGGUUCCAACUCUGCCACCAGAAAGAUCAUUUGCGGGGACGACGGAGUGCUCAAUUACUUGCCAAUUCGGUUCUGCGGCGCCAAAGUGGAAAUGAACGGAAAAGAGGCAGAGGAAAUCGCCCAGAGAUUCGAUCCACUUUUAUUCCAGGGCACUGUUCCCACCAAUGAGACAUUUUUCUGGUUCUCCGUCCUUUCCACGCCCGACUAUACGAAGACGGACGAUUUGUAUUACGCACAAGUCAACUUGUCGUGGAAAUACGGCGAAAAGGAGCCCUUUUCCACCAACGAAGAGAAGGCGGCCGCUAUGUUGAGCCAUGCAGAGGGCUUGCACCCGGAUCUCUAUUCGUUGGUUUCCCGUGCCACCAGUGAUCCACUGAAAUUGUUGGAAAUCAAGUUGGCCGACUGGCCCAAAGUGGAAUGGGACUCUAAUCAUGGGAAAGUUCUUCUUUUGGGCGAUGCUGCUCAUGCCAUGACCAUGUAUAGAGGAGAGGCGGCCAACCAUGGAAUAACAGAUGUUUCGGAGUGGAUUGAGCUUCUUGACCACUACUUGGCAGGCGAAAUGUCGUGGGAAGAGGCAUCAGAAAGGUAUUGCUCGCAAGUGAAAGCUAGAGCGGCAGAGGCUGUGCUUUUGUCUCGCCAAGCUUGUCUAGAUGCCCAUGAUAUGUCGAAAAUCACAGUGGACUCGACGUCGCCUUUGCUUUCGAUGAGAAAGAAGACAAGUAAGUAG